AUGUCGCUAGGCUCCAACAGCACAGCAGCAGCAGCUUCUGCUGCUGAUGCUGCUGCUGCUGUUGCUGCUGAUACCACAGCAGCAGGUGCUAGAGAACUAUCAGCAGCAGCAGCAGCAGCAGCAGCAGAGGAGGGAGCAGCAACAGCAACAAAUGACCAGGCAAGUCCAAAGAGGGUUUUGUAUAUGAGCAGCCGCAGCAACAACAGCAGCAGCGGCAACAGCAGCAACAGCAGCAGCAGCAGCAGCAGUAACAGCAGCAGCAUCAGCUCACCCAGAAUGUACAGCCCCGGCAGCACUGGCAGCAGGAGCAGCAGCAAGAGCAGCAGCAGCAGGAAACGGCUAGAUAAUGUUUGCCUUCGCAGCAGCAGCAGCAGCAGCAGCAGAGACAUCACUUCAGGGGGACGCCGCAGCAGCAAAAGCAGCAACAGCAGGCCCAUUAGCAGCAGAAGCAGCAGCAAGCACCGCAACAGCAGCAGCUGCAGCAGCAAACACCGCAGCAGCAGCAACUGCAGCAGCAGGUCUACGGAAUAUGAGGGUAGCAGCAGCUUCUGGGCGAUGCAGCAGCAGCAGCAACAGCAGCAGCAGCAGCGGCUGCUGCUUGCUAUUGAUGAAGCAGAGAGGCUCGCAAGCGACACCCUAGAGGCGCAGCAGCAGCAGCAGCAGCAGCAGCAGCAGCAAAACGCUUGGCUCCCUGAGUUGGGACCUUCGUGGAAUGUUGAGGCGCAUCUGCGGUCUAUUAGAGACUUCAAGGUUCGCGUGCAUCUAACAGCAGUAGGAGAGGCCCCCCGACUUCGUUUAAAAGAUUUUGUCGUUGAUGGCGGCGAGACGUUUGCUGCUGUUGUUUCCUUUCUUCAAAGAGCGCUCAAAAGAAGAGAAAUCCUACACGCCAGCCUUCUGAGCAGCAGCAGCAGCAACAGCAGCAGUAAGCAGCAGCAAACGCAGCAGUCAAUGCAGCAGCAGCAACAGCAGCAGCAACAGCAGCAGCAACAGCAGCAGCAACAGCAGCAGCAGCAUCUUCCACUUCCGCAGGCAUCUGCGGUGUUUGCAUAUAGCAGCAGCAGCAGCAGCAGCAUGCUGCUGCUGCAGAUCUUCUAUGUCGUUUGUUUAGGGAUAUCUAGGGUUUAG